GUCUCAGAACGGCAACAAAGUUACCUGGAGCCGAGUCUGAGAAGGGAUUCUUAUAUGGCAUAUCUUGUCUGAAAAGUGGAAUUUUCCAAUUAGAUGGCUGCGGGCAGGAUAGCUCCCACAUGAAAAGAACGUGUCGGCUUUUCCAAGAAGGACAAUGCUGGGCAAUUAUUAAGAUUCUUAUUGCACUCAAGACAUUCAUAUUAAUAACGAUGGGGAAAUCAUCGGACGUAUAUAAUACUGUCACGAUAUCUGACCUCAGGUAUAAGAGACUUAAGCGCUCCUGAGAUGUUCGACAUAGUCUUGGUUGUCCAACAACGCAGUCUCUAAAACGCAAGGGUGCUAAGCGACCUUGACCAGUCUACUCAUGAACUGUUUGUGGUAACGUUUUGAGCUUCUGCUGGGUUUUCAACGCCAAAAAGAUUGUAUAAAUGAUAGACAAGAUUCCCGGUGAAUGCCAGUCUCAAGGGGAGAAGAGAGGCUCCGAGCAGAAGAUUGAAGACCUCGACUUCUGAAAAAGCAACACUUCGAGCAGGCAGAAUCAAUGCUGCAACGCAGCCGUGAUCAUUUAUUUAUAUUCACAAAACUAUUGAAGUCAGAACUGUUUUUUACAUGAAAACGGUUUUUGAUAAUUCUGGCCAAGGCUUGAAAAACGUUUUAUUCUUUAAAGACACGCGCAGUUAUUGGAAAUGAAGAAACGGCGGGGUCGCGGUUGAAAAGGGAAACCUAAGCACGCAUACCGUGGCUUCAUAAAAACACAUAAAAACGAUAUAUUUUCUGUGGGGUUACACAAUUAACCGCGUGUUUUAGUAAUAUCUCUCAACGAUAAACAGACUUGUUGUCGUUUUAUUUUGCCCGACGUUACGCUCUCCCACUCCCUGAGCGAACAUGUGAAGAAAAACCGAGUCCGCUAAAAGAAGGUUAAAAACAACAUGGAGGAAAAUAACUGUUGGCAGAACGGCCAACAUUGCUGGUGCACCGUUAUUUACUUUUUCACUGCAUUGGCGUCCAUUAGCAGCACGUUGACAAUCGCCGUGGUAGUCAGGAGCCCAAAGUUGAGAGGAAGAUCGACUUUUGUUUUCUUGACCUUCAUGGCUGUCGUGGACCUGAUGACGCUCGUCGGAAUAAGCAUUUACUGUUCCUUGGAACCCGUCACCCAGUUCUGGAACACGAACACCAAAUGUGUUUAUUAUUCUGCUAUUUACUGGAUAAACGACAGUACUGUCAUGUUGUCGUGUAUUUUCAUCCUCAUGGUGACUGUGGAGCGCUUUGUCGUUGUUCACUUCCCCAUACGAGGUAGAGAGAUAUUCACCCAGAGGAACGCGAUACUUCUAAGUGUCUUUGUGUCAGUCGUCGUUUUUGCCCUCAACAGUAAUGCUUUCUGGAGUUUUGAACCAGAUCACCAGACCAAUAAAUGCAACGACACUGAGGUCUAUGAACGAUAUCUGAAACCUAUACGGUAUUAUUCUACCUUUGCGGUGACCACCGCCACUUGGGUUUCUCUGGUUGGCUUUUGUUUGGCCAUCAUUUACAAGUUGCGAGCCACGGCAGCCCUUAGGCGGCGUCUCUCUUUAACUGACGUGCACACGAGCUUCAAGAGCACUCACCUGAUGCUGCUCUGUACCGCUUUCACUUUUGUGGUGUUAGUGGGCCCCCUCUGCAUCGUCGAUGUAAUCCACGUAUCCCUCUAUCUCCUUAAGCAGGAUGACACUCAUUUGACUUACAUCCGAGAAAAUGUAUUUCUUCUGAGCAAGCUCAAUCACUGCGUCAACUUUGUGUUGUACGUAAUGACAGCCGCAGUGUUUCGCGAAGAAUUCUUUGCCCUCCUCGCCUUGGUGACAUGCCGCCGUGAAAAGGAGCAAUCGCCUUACAGACAGGGAGCUCAAAGUUGUAUUGAAACAAAGAUAACGCAUUUCAGCGAGCAGAAGAGACUUAGUGAUUUUUAAGACAUAGGUUGACAUAAAUGUCACAAGCAAACACGCACAUGAUCAGUCUAAUAUGACUGAAUUUUUCUAUAUUGAUAUCAUUCAUAUCUUUGGAAGGUGGUGACUCUGUUGUAAGUUGAGUAAAGUACUAUUGUUGUAAAAUGAUUUUAAAUCUGUUUCUGUGUUGUUUUUUAAACAAUAACAGACAUUCUUUUACUAAAUUUAACCGUCAAAGAGUCGCCAGGUUAUAAAACAGUGUCGUGACGAAGAUAAAUAUGUAUGUAUCAAAUUGUACGGUUUUUA